GGCGGAGGGUUAAGGGCGGCCGGCGAGCCAGGCAGGCGGACGCGAGCGUGGAGAGGCUGGAGCAGCCUGCGGCGGCCACCGCCUUCGCCACUCCCGCCUGGCCCACCAUGGAAGGCGACGCCGGGUGCCGGAUCGCCGCCGCCAGCAGCUGGCGCCGGACCCUGCCCAGCCCGGCGGGCGCCCUCGACCCUGCUGCCCCCGCCACCAAGUGAGGAAUGUGAGACAGAUUUGCUGCUGAGCUGGGAAGCGGCUGCCUUUUGAUAUGGAGACGAGGACAUGUACUGUGAUGCUCCCAUUGGUCUCCUGCUUCCGUUUGCUGCAGAUGUGGCCCUUCCUACUUCUCGCUUCAGUGGUCCCCCCGUACAGCGCCUGGUCUCUUCGUCCUCAGGGUCUUUUGGCAACUCGACUGCUCUGCAACCAUCACAGCCCCUCCACCCCCAGAUCUGUUUGCCUCUGGGGCAAAACUCUGCCCCCAGAGAGAGGCUCUCGCACCCCCUCACUACACCAGAGGUCCAUGAUUCCAAAAGGGGCCGAACGACGCGGUGCAGCACGGAUAAGGCGUCAGGCCCAGGGAAGCCGGCCUGCCACACCCUCUGGAUUGGAGGAUGGCCUGUCCUCUUCACAGUAUCCGUGGGCCAUAGUAUGGGGUCCCACAAUAUCAGUUGAGGAUGGAGGGGAUUCCAACUCAGCCAACCCAGGACUCCUGCCAUUGGGUUACACCUUUGUUUCAUCCAGCGGGAUGGCGACGGCGCAACCAAAUUCACACUCACUUCUGCAGAACAAAGAGCUUAAUUUGCGUCAGACACCGGCCACGCUUCGGCCCUUCCUCUUUGGGGCCCGAGGAGAAGGGGUGGAUCCUCAGCUGUAUGUCACUGUUACUAUCUCUGUCAUUAUUGUCUUCGUUGCCAUGGCGAUAAUACUCAAAUUCUGCUGGGACCGAAACCAGAAGCGGCGACGUCACUCGAGCCAACAGAGUGGGCCACAGCACCAGGGUAGCCAGCAACCGCUGACAGAUCUGUCACCCACCGCAGUAAGCAUCCUGGGGUCCUACGGGGACUCGCAGACUCCCCCACCGGAGAUGACUGAGACCGGGCAGGUCCUAGAGGGUCUGGACAAGCUAGAGGGGAUUGGGAAGACCAGUGCCUUCCAGCUCAACAGGAUCCCACUUGUGAACCUGUAGAGGCACUGGAAGCAGCGGGUCCGGCUCCUUCGCAGGCUGACCCAGCGCUGAGUUUGCAGGGGUGACCCCCAACGCCGACAGCACUGUCUUUGCCCCCGUCAUCCUGUGAGCGUGGUACUACCACCCCUGACACAGCAGAAGUAUUGUAGAUCCCUUUGUGUCUUGACUUUCCAUCGCCAUCGCAGAUCCAGCCAAGCCAAACCAAAGUUGUGGUUGGGCACCUGCCAGGCUGGGCUUCACAGCGGUCCCUGGCUAUAGGGGAAAGGUCCGGGGACAGCCUCGGGCCGCAGUCCAGGGGGUAGAACAAGGUGAAAAGAGAUGCUAGGGUGGUAAGAGUGUACAUUUCUCCCUAAGCAUCUCCGCGCACAUGCCCGCGCACACACACACACACGUGCACUUUGAUCUUUGUGAACAAGCAUGCUUGAUCCUGGGAGAAAGAGGCAGGUGGCUCUGUGUCUCUCGGUUCAUCCCACCCCUUCCUGCAUCACGUGGUUUGAAGCGUCUUCCAAAGGGUAUCCUGUUUUCCUGGGUGACAAAGGCCCUUUUGCAUGGUAUGGAUGGACCAUAUUUGGUACAAACAUAGGAACAAAGGAGAUUUAAGUACCUGCUGCUCUGGUCAACCGGCACAUUUCAUCAGUUCUCACCCCAACUUCCAUAGUGCCUGUUUUUUGCCCAUCACCCGUCAGGUUCAUCUUACCUCUUCAAACCCUAGCAGAGCUGCAUGUUUCCAUCCAUUCCUCUCACCUGCUCCCCCCCCCCCCCCCGGUUGCGUGGCAUCUUUUUCUCCACUUUUGCCUGCAUUUCCUAUUCUCUCCACCACCACCACCACCACCAAUAAUGUACUGCUUCUUAUCCAAAUGUCGUUUUGGGGUUGAACCUUGGUCAGUCUCUAUUCAAAAGAAAGCUUAAUUCAAAUAAGCAGGAUUAAACCUUUAAAACGAAGGUAAAUAGAACAUAAGGUAAAUAGAAGGCAAAAGAAAUGUGGUAUUGAUACUUAUUUCAAUGGUACAUGUUACUUGGGGUUUCUUGCUAUAACUACUUGUGCCAUAUUUAAAACUGCUGUCCUCUCCUUAUCAAUUCAAAGUAUUUGGGAUCCACGGUGACCUUGAUCCAGAGAAAGUUUGAUUGCAUUUAAGUAGCAAUUGCUAAAUUAUCCUGUUUAGAAACAAGACUUUCGACAUAAGGCAGAGCAUUUGGACUAUGGACAGUGGGACUGAGACCUUCAUAGGUUUUCAGGGUCAUGGCAUAGAAAUUCCUCUUUUGCUAUUUUGGGACCAUUUCCCUUGGAUAAACCCGGAAGACUAUAACCUUAUUUUUUUGGAUGUAACUUUGAGAACCUUUCUUUCUCCCCAGCAUGCAGUUUUUUUAUACCUCUGCCAGACGUUGAAUAGAUCUAUACCAAAGUGCUGAGACUUUGUUUUGUUUUAAUUUCAGGAAGCUUGGAUAAAAUUGCUCCCGCUUCUAUGCAAUUUGGAGCAUCUUUUCUUUUUUAAUAAAAAAGGUCUUAAGGGGGAGUUUUGGCCUUAGCUAAGCUGGAUUGAUGAAACUUUGAUCAAAAGACUCCAAACCUUGGAGAAGGGGGCCAUAUGAAACAGGAGGAAAUAGGACGGCAAAAGCAACUGACUGGUGGAGGCAUCUUGCUGUCAGGUGCACAGUGGGAUCUUUCUCACUGUAAAGUGGAACAGUGUGUUUCCUAAUGUCAGAGAAAUGGAGUGGACUGAAGGUUUUGUCCCCCAGGUAUGUUCCCUGUGGGCCACCAUUGUAGAUUGGCCAUUGACAGCUGAACCAAGCAGUUCCCACCAGUAAUGGCAGCACUGCAUGGUCUGUUCAACUCGGACCUGAGCCAGUCUUACUCCCAUUAUCAUUGUUGCCCUGGCCCAGGACUGAGCCAAUUGAGCCUUGUGGCACUGCCUGCACUGCACGGUCCAUUUGGCUCAUCUCACUCCAGGACUUAUCUAACACCUCCAAAACCCCCACCCUCCCCUGGAGAGGAGAAAGCCUCUAAGGAGAGAUUCAGGACUGGCUUACAGAUGCUAAUUCAGAAUGUAGGAAUUGUCUUGCUGGGUUGGAUGAAGCUUAAUUCUAGCACUCUGUUUCUAAAGCUAGCCCGCCGGAUGCCUCCCAAAUCUCACGAGGAGGGUAUGAACAUGAUGGCUGUCCCCUGUUGCUUUGCCACCAUCAGGUGUUCAGAAGUAUAGAUUGCACCUGUUUGUGGAGGUUCUAUGUAGCUGUCCUAGCUAAUAAAUCUAUUAUCUGUGUCUAAACUUAUAUAUUAAAUGUCAUCCUGUGACAUGUU